AUGCGUACUCAGUGCUUCCUCCUUGCGCUCUUUGCUUUCCUCGUUCCUCUGGUCGCAUCUGCUUUCAGAGGUCCAUCUGAAGAUCAGAUUGUAGGAGCUUGGGAAAUCAUCAAGGAUAUCGGCGACCCGCAUGUGCAAGAGAUCGCCAAGUGGGGGGUCUCGGAGUACAACCGGCAAUCCCACAAGGGGUUGGUGUUCCAGAGAGUGAUUUCGGGCCAGGAACAAUCAGUAGCUGGAUGGAAUUAUAAGCUUAUCACUAGUAUCAAGGAUGGAUCCUCCAUUGUGAACUAUGAGGUCUACGUCUAUGAGAGGGUUUGGGAGAAUUUUAGACAACUGAUCUCCUUUACUAGAAAGUAA